UGACAUGCUAGAUUGGGCAUGUGAAGACUGUGUUACGAGUAAGAAUGGCAAUCCCUCUCUGAAUGCCGUUCAAGCAAACAGGUUGCGAGUGUGAUCAACGAGAACAGCAGCUUCUGGUCACGGGAAUUCAUCGGUUAAAAGUAAAUCCGGGCCGCUACCGGAAUCCCCAUUUCGGUCCAACCCGCGCCGCGGCACCUGCACAGAGUCGUUAUCGCAAAUGCUCGCUUCGGUUCUCGUUACUGUGAUGGUAUAAGCAUUCUUACCCAUAUGGAAUCGCAAGAACCCAACACAAUAGCACACCUGCCUAGAAGGCUCCCUGCACACUCACUGUCGCCAAAAUGGCGCGCCCACGACGAGCGUCUGCCGCGUCAGACCUUAGUUCCGUACCGGACCAGAACCAGGAAUUAGGAAGCAUGUACGACUACCUGGCAAAAAUCGUCCUCCUUGGCCCCAGCGGCACCGGCAAAUCCUGCCUCCUGCACCGUUUCGUGAAGAACGAAUGGCGCGUCCUCUCUUCUCAGACCAUUGGCGUCGAGUUCUCCUCGAAGAUCAUAAAGAUUGGCACACCCCCCAAUCGCUCGAAACGAAUCAAGUUACAGCUGUGGGACACGGCAGGCACGGAGCGAUUUCGAAGCGUGAGUCGGAGUUACUACAGGGGGGCAGCAGGCGCAGUCCUGGUGUACGACGUUGCGAGUAUGGCCAGUUUUCAGGCGUUGCCGACUUUCCUGAGUGACGCACGGGCACUGGCGAGUCCGCAGUUGACGGUGAUUUUGGCGGGCAACAAGUCAGAUCUGGCAGACGAGUCGCUACAGGCACAGGGCCAAUCCGGUCAAAAUCACGGGAGGACGCAGGCGGUGCACAUGAACGGAAGCGCCCACCACCAUCGCAUACAGAGGGAGGAUGAAUCCAGCACCCCAGCCGCAUCGAGCGCGUCAAGUCGACAGUCAUAUUUCCCCUACGAUUCGGGAGGCGGAAGCGUCACCGACUCGGUGAAAACGACAUCCAGUCGCUCUCGCGGGGACAGCAUGAAUCUUUCCAAAUGGACAGCCACCCAAUCCGCCGAAGGCCGCGAGGUGAGCGCCGAAACCGCCUCACGAUGGGCUUCGAAAGUCCACAUUCCCGUCACAAUGGAGGUCUCGGCCCUCACUGGUGAAAAUGUUGAUGCAUUGUUUUACCGGCUGGCGGCCAUGAUCCUGACCAAGAUCGAGCUGGGAGAAAUUGAUCCGGAUGAUCCGGCAAGCGGUAUCCAGUACGGUGACGGUGCUGUGGGAGCUGACGGAGACAGUAUUACCACAGAUGGAGGCACUGUGAGGAGGCGGAAGGGAGGACGGGGUGGCACGGUACGGAACGGAGUGCUCACCAGUCUCGGGGAGUGGGAAGACGUAUUUCGCAGACCGGCCUCGAGGGCAGGAAGAGGACGGUGCUGUUGACGAAGAGUUUGAAGGAUAUGUUGUUGUUCUUUUGCGACGGGCCACGAUUAUGAGAUGUUCUUCUCUCUCCCUCUCUGUCUUUUUCUUUCUGCCCCAGCAAGAAGCGCGUUUUGGAAAGAACGAAAAGCAAGCACUACGCGAGCAAGCGAGCAAGCAAGCGAUGCAUACAGCUUUGUUGGGUUCACUUUGGGCGAGUCUAUGUACGGGUUAUACAGUUCUCUUGGUUGUCACUACUUGUGUUGCACGAUCAGGCAUGCGGAUGCCCUGGGAUGUUCUACUCUUCUGCAACGCGGGCAUCCCGACUAAUGUCUAAUAUGUUGGAUCCUUUUUACCAUCG